AUGUUACUAAAAAGAAGUGGGAAGUCCCUAAAUAAAGAAUGGAAGAAGAAAUAUGUCACCUUAUGCGAUAAUGGAGUCCUCACUUAUCACCCAAGCUUACACGAUUACAUGCAGAAUGUCCAUGGGAAGGAGAUCGACCUCCUCAGGACUACAGUGAAGGUUCCAGGGAAAAGACCACCACGAGCCACAUCCUCCUGUGCACCCAUUGCCAGCCCCAAGACCAAUGGACUAACCAAGGAAGUCAGCGGACUGCAGAUCUCCCCUAAUACAGACACUGGACUAGGUGACUCGGUAUGUUCAAGUCCCAGUAUCUCUAGUACUACGAGCCCAAAACUAGAUCCACCACCUUCUCCGCAUGCCAACCGUAAGAAACACCGCCGGAAGAAAAGUACGAGUAACUUUAAGGCUGAUGGACUUUCGAGCACAGCUGAAGAGGAAAACUUCGAGUUCAUCAUUGUGUCCCUCACUGGCCAGAGUUGGCACUUUGAAGCUACAAGUUAUGAAGAGCGGGAUGCCUGGGUACAGGCCAUAGAGAGCCAAAUUCUUGCCAGUCUACAGUCCUGUGAAAGUAGCAAGAACAAGUCUCGUCUCACCAGCCAGAAUGAAGCUUUAGCGCUACAGUCAAUUCGCAAUUUGCCAGGAAAUUCUCAUUGUGUGGACUGUGAUGCACCAAGCCCAGACUGGGCCAGCCUGAACCUUGGAGCCCUGAUGUGCAUAGAGUGUUCUGGAAUUCAUCGCAACUUGGGGACCCAUCUAUCCCGUGUCCGUUCCUUAGACCUUGAUGACUGGCCGCCUGAGCUCAUAAAAGUCAUGUCAGCCAUUGGUAAUGAGCUGGCCAACAGCGUGUGGGAAGGAAGCAGUCAAGGACACGUGAAGCCAUGUUCAGAAAGCCCCAGGUCAGUAACAAAUGCUACAUGCUCUCAUCUGAUGUUGUUCUGUUCAUUCUGGAAAUCUAUUUAA